CGUUGUGAGAAGUGGGUUAACGUCUGCUGGGAGUGUUGCCAUCGCGCGUCAAUAGAUCGCAGAAGCAUACAUUCAUCCAUCCAUCCAUAAUGCCCAAAUCGAAGGAAGUGCUGUCCUCGACUUCAUCGGGAAGCGACUCGGACAGUGAGGUGGAGACAAAGGCCAAGAGGAAGGCUCCAGCAGCCCCGGAGAAACCGGCGAAGAAGCAGAAGAGUGGCGAGAGCUCCAGUAGGGCAGGGGGGUCCUCCAGAGGUGGUGCCAGCAAAGAUGACAACAUGUUCCAGAUUGGGAAGAUGAGGUAUGUGAGCGUCAGAGACUUUAAGGGGAAGGUACUGAUCGACAUUCGUGAGUACUGGAUGGACCAAGAGGGAGAGAUGAAGCCGGGUAGGAAAGGCAUUUCUUUGAACCCGGAGCAGUGGAACCAGCUGAAGGAGCAGAUCUCCGAAAUCGACGCUGCUGUGAAGAGGAUAUAAGGCCUCUGGUGUGAAUUGGCUUCUCUUUAGGGUUUUUUAGAUUUUCCCCAUCAAUAUUUACACUGCAUAUAAGUGUUUUAAAGAAACUGACCUUUUUUUUCUUUUCUUUUCUUUUUUUUUUUUUUUUUUUUUAAAAAAUGUAUGUUUCUCAGUUCCGUCAAGUUUUAACCUUUUGUGAUGUGGUCCUUAGUGUGUUCAGUGCAACCCAGUUGUUAUUGUGUGGGUGUGGGUGUGGGUGUGUGUGUGGGCUAUUCAAUACUAGGGUAAGGGUGGUGGGGGCGGGGCUGGGGGUGGGGGGCAGGAUUAGACCCAAGGUUCUGAGCUGUGUAGAGUGCUCAUUCUAAAUA